CAAAAUUUUAAAAACUUUUUAAAAAUCUCUCUGUAUACAAAGCUGGCUUUUCAAACACGUCCAAAUAUAUGAAACUGUGACAGAGGGAGAAUCUGAAACAAAGUUGUCAAUCAUAAAUGUGAUUGUUGCAGAAAUGCUGCUGAAAAUGAACCAACACAGACAGAUAGAUAGAGGUUAGAUAGCUUUGAAAUGUUCCCAACUAUUCCUCCUUCAACGUCUCUGCACACGAACAAUCACCAUUAUAUAAAUUAUUAUUAUUAAAUUUUUUCAGAAAAAUAAAAAUAAAAAAUCAAUUUUCAAAUCAUUACAUAAAUUCCGCUAAUUUGGGUACGGGCAGCGCUUCCUUAUUCGGAUCCCCCCAUAUCCGCGUUUUUUACUACCCAUUCAAACUUCGGAUCCUCUACUGUGAAACGACGCGCGUGAAUGUAUAUAGAUAUACACGUGUGUAUGUAUGUAUGUAUAUACAUAUAAGUAUAACCUCUUGCUCAUAUCCACGUUGUAUUUUCAUUCUCUCGUCAUUCAAGAAGGCUCAACUGUCUGCUUCUGCGUGUGGCUGUGUGUGUGGGAAACUGUGCGGAGGAGGACAGGAAGGAAGGAAUGAAGGAAGGAGAAGAAGAAAUGGUGGACACUACCGCCGAGAACGAUGAGGUGAAGUACAUUUUCACGGCUUAUGAGAUUGAUCUCGACUAUGAGUUCGACGCACCUCGCUUCUUCGACUUUAGCCGAGAAGAGACGCCUCUUGAGGUCUGCCGAACUGAAGCUUGGUUCUCCUCCGCCGGAAGCCAUCCUCCUUCUCCUUAUGUGGCAAGGUUAGUUUGGAGAGAGAAAACUUUGAUGGAAAGGACUUCAAGUCAUAUGAAGCCAACAGCAAGUUAUUUGGCAAAACAAGUUCGUCCUUUGCAUGCUGGAUACUCGAGGUCAAAUUCAUCUGCUUUAGAUAAAACAUCCAAGUCGUCAACAAGCAGUGGUGUGAUUGAGAAUCAAGCUGCCAAAAGACAAAAGCUUGAGGGUGGUCUUCUGAGGAAGGUUAUGGGUGCGGUGCAUCUGGAUCAGGCUAAUUUUGUGCAUAAGGAUCCCAAGCGGGAUGAAUUCCAGUAUGAAUAUGCAACUCCCAUCAGAUCCAGGACCACUAUUCCUAGAGAUCCGAAUCUUGAAACAGCACGCAGGGCCCAAAGAGCAAUGGAAAGGAGUUGUAAAGUUGAAAAUGUGACUUCAACUGUCUAUAGAUUCAAAGCUCGUCCCUUAAACAGAAAGAUCCUUGAAACAACGCCAUUGUUCCCAAAGAGAAGCACUCCUCAGGCUCCUGAUUUUCAGGAAUUUCACUUGAAGACAUCAGAGAGGGCUGCACAGCAUAGCUCAUCAGUUUUAAAUUCCACCAUUCCUUCCAAUCAUCCCGAUAAGGUACUAAACAAAUAUUCAACUGAUUUAACAACAGAAUGCGGAAGCAUUGAGCCUGGAAGCAUUAUGAAUAUUGCUUCGAGGACAAAUGGUGGUCAGUCAUCUCACAGCUUCAAAGCUCGGGCCUUCAACAAGAAGAUCUUACCAAGCAAAAGGGGUGUAGGAGUUUUUAAAAAUAGUAAGAAGGAAACCACAACCCCAAUGGAAUUUAAUUUCCAAACAGAGAAGAGGUUCAAUACCAUUCCCCCAGUUGAACUCUUCAACAAGCUCUCUCUGGAAUCUGAAACACAACCAGCUGCUAAUCCUGAUAUAAAAGAACAAUAGUCCGCCCUGCACUGGAAAAAGGGGCCUUGAAGACAACUAAAAUGGUUGCUUCCCAUGAGAUAAGGAGGUGUGCAUAAUGCUUAAUCCUUAACUUUAGCCGUUGCUGCAGGUCAAAUAAAUAAACCAUGGAUGGGAGAUAAGUGCUUGCAG